CAUGGUAGACAUGACAGCGCACCUGAACACGCUGAACACAGCUCUUCAGGGGAAAGGACGUACAGCCCUACACAUGUUGGAGGAUGUCUUGGCAUUCGAGCGCAAGUUGACAGUGCUUGCCAGAGAUUUACAGAAAGGCACUUUGUCUCACUUCCCCAAUUUGAGAGAGUUCAAACAAGGUCACGACAUGAUAAUUUCGGAGUAUUUACAUUCUGCAAUCAUCGCAAUGCAAACAUCGUUUGGGAAACGCUUCUGUGAGUUCAGAGAGGAAAAAAACACAUUAUCCUUCCCGGUCACUCCCUUAAGCAUCGAUCCUUCCCUACUGAAUACGACUGCAUUGGCAGGUGUGAGUCAACCUGAUCUUGAGAUGGAACUGGCCGACAUAGCCGACAAAGACAUAUGGGUGUCCAAGUUUAGACGCUUGACAGCAGACCUUGAAGAUGUUGCCCGUCAGAAGGCCGUUCUUGCUCAGAAACACAAAUGGAGUGAUAUUGAAAACCUUCUAAAACCGGACAAACUUGUGUUCGAAACAUGGAAUGCUAUGCCCGACAUUUAUGUAAACAUGAAAAAGUAUGCGCUUGGAGUCCUGUCGAUCUUUGGAUCCACAUAUGUAUGUGAGCAGGUGUUCUCCAACAUGAACUUUAUUAAAAACAAACAUCGCGCACGCCUCACAGAUGACAGCUUGCGAUCCUGUGUAAAGAUGAAGGUGACGUCAUACAGCCCUGAUGUGCAGACGCUGUGCGCUGAGGUCCAGGAGCAGAAAUCCCAUUAACCAAGCUGACAGCUGGCUGAUGUUAUUUUUGGUUUGCUGCUGGCGGAAAAUUUAAGUUCGGCGUUUUUCAAUAAAUACAAGAAGGACUCAAAUAGACAUUGAGUAUUUUACUUAAAAGUAACUUUCAACCCAACGUCUUUUUUUCGGAGUUCAAAAUGUUUUUGUUGCAUGCAGAAAUGUAAUUUCG